AUGGAUCCCAAAGCCGUUCCUCGGGAUUUCUGGGCCACCGUGGAGGAGCCCCCACUGGAUACGAUCAUGUCGCUGGACAAAAUCGCCCGCGCCGCGGCGGAGCCGAAAGUGAACCUCGUCAUCGGGGCCUACCGCGAUAGCGAGGGCAACCCCUACCCCUUCCGCGUCGUCCGCAAGGCGGAUCGGAUGCUCUUGGAGAUGAACCUCAACUACGAAUACCUCCCGAUCUCCGGCAACGCGGCCUUCAUCGACGCCGCGAUGGAGCUCCUUUACGCCGGGGCCGUCCCGCGGGAGAACCUCGCGGCGGUGCAGACCAUCGGCGGGACCGGCUCCGUCUUCCUCGGGGCCGAGCUGCUGGCGAAGCUCCUGGGAAAGUCCACCACGGCGGUCUACCUGCCCACGCCGACCUGGCCGAACCACCCCGCCAUCUUCGACUACGUCGGGUGGCCCACGCAGAGCUAUCGCUAUCUCGAGCCCCGCACCAUCGGGCUGGACUUCGAGGGCAUGAAAACGGACAUCGCGGAGGCCCCGGCGGGGUCGGUGGUGAUUUUGCAGACCUGCGCGCACAACCCGACCGGGGUGGACCCCUCCCGCGAGCAGUGGGAGACGCUCGCGGAGAUUUUCCUCGCGAAAGGCCAUUUGGCGUUUUUCGAUACCGCCUACCACGGCUUCGCCAGCGGGGAUAUCGACAAGGACACCUACCCGCUCCGCAUGUUCUCCCAACGCGGCGUCCCCAACGUCUGCGCGCAGUCUUUUUCGAAAAAUAUGGGGCUUUACGGGGAACGGGUCGGGACUUUUUCGAUCUACGUCAAUGAUAAGGACAAGGCGCAAAAACUUAAGCGAAUGAUGGAGACCGACAUCCGGCGGUUAUACACCACGCCGCCGAUCCACGGGUCCCGACUCGUGCACCUCAUCCUCACAGACAAAACCCUCCGAAAGGAAUGGGAGGAGGAAAUCAAGGAGGUUUCCUCGCGAAUCACCUCCAUGCGGAAGUGCCUCUACGAUAAUCUGAUGGAGCUUGACACCCCUGGCACGUGGGGGCAUAUUCUCACCCAAAUUGGCAUGUUCUCCUUCCUGGGUCUCACGAAAAAGCAGUGCGAUUACUGUAUUUCACAAAAUGUAUUUAUUACGCAAAACGGGCGAGCAAAUAUGGCAGGCCUAACUGAAUCAACAGCAAAGUUUCUGGCUAAGGCAAUCAGUGAUGCCGUAAAGCUUGAUAACUAA